AUGACACAAACGUCCGGAUUCAGAAUGGAGAGCGCCAUACUCGAGGAAGUGUCACCCAACGCUGUUGCCAUCGUCGGUAUGGGAUGCAGAUUCGCUGGAGCUGACUCAGUUGAAGAUUACUGGCGUAUUUUGGAGAAAGGCCAGUCUAUGAUGAGCCAUCCUCCCAAAGGCCGCUUCCCCACAAAUGAACAUCAGCGCAGUACCGACAAGACUGUAUACUAUGGCAACUACCUGGGUAGCAUCUCCAGGUUUGACAACCGUUUUUUUAAAAAGUCCAGCCGCGAGGCUGCGUCUAUGGACCCGCAGCAAAGACUUCUACUUGAAGUUUCGUACGAGGCCUUGGAGUCGAGCGGCUUCUUUGGGCCCCGCGAGCAAGACCUCGAUGUCGGAUGUUUUAUCGGAGUAUGCGCAUCUGACUACAACGACAACGUGGCCAGCCAUCCAUCCAAUGCCUUCUCUGCAUUGGGUACAUUGCGGGCAUUUGUUCCAGGCCGGAUCAGUCAUUUUUUCGGGCUCACUGGACCGUCGAUCGCCCUAGACACGGCCUGUUCAUCCUCAGCUGUUGCUAUUGACGCUGCUUGCAAGGCUAUCUUGCAUGGUGACUGCAAGAGCGCCAUUGCUGGCGGGGUCUCCGUCUUCACGAGCCCUUUCUUCUAUCAAAAUCUAUCCUCUGCAUCGUUCCUCAGCUCCACGGGCGCAAGCAAAUCGUUUGACGCAAGCGCAGAUGGAUACUGCCGUGGAGAGGGUGUCGGCCUCGUCGUUCUGAAGCGUCUGUCAGACGCCGUUGCGAGUGGUGACAAUAUUCUCGGCACGAUUCUUUCAACCGCAGUGCGCCAGAGCAGCAACAAGGUGCCUAUCACCGUCCCCUACAGCCCAUCACAAACAGAUCUGUACAGAAAGCUCCUGAGCACCGCCGGAAUCACGCCGGAAGUCGUCACAUACGUCGAGGCUCAUGGCACGGGCACUCCCGUCGGCGACCCUCUCGAAUUUGGUGCGAUCAAGGAGGUAUUUGGCACCCAGUCAAGACCGGAUCCUCUAUACUUUGCAUCGGUUAAGGGAAAUAUUGGGCAUACCGAAGGCGCCUCUGGCGUCGCUGGUCUUAUCAAAAUUAUCCUGAUGAUGCAGAACCGCACCAUUCCGAGACAGGCACACCUCCAGUCCGCGCACCCCAAGAUUUCGCUGAUACCGGGGCAGAUCUCCAUUCCAACCGAGACUAUGCCUUGGAAUGCAAAGAAGCUUAUCGCAUGUGUGAACAACUAUGGAGCCGCGGGCAGCAUUGCUGCCAUGAUAGUCGAGCAACCGCCAUCACAGGAUGUUACGACCGCCACAGUGUAUGGACGAAAUAAGUAUCCUCUUGUCGUCACCUCCAACAGCCCAAAGAGUCUCAGUGAGAACUGUGCAAGACUGGCGGAUUACGUAUGCUCACUCAAAGGACAAUCUGCUUCAAGCGCGAGUCUGCUCGCAGAUGUCACAUUCAACCUCAGCGACAGGCAAAAUAGAACCCUGCCCAAUAUGUUCGCAACAGCCGUCUCUAGCCUUUCCGAGCUAGACAGUCAACUUCGUGCUGUGGCUUCCAAUCCCAGUUCAGCAAUCUGCCAAGCCAGCCCAAGUCCAAAACCUGUCGUUCUCAUCUUCGGUGGCCAGACGGCUCGCACUGUGGGCAUGAGCAAAAGCGUCUAUGAGUGCUCGCACGUACUUCGCAAAUAUCUCGAUGAUUGCAACGAUGUUCUAAAGGGAUUUGGUCAUCACGGCAUAUAUCCUGACAUAUUCGAUCCGGCUCCGGUACAUGACGUGGUGUCACUCCAGACGAUGCAGUUUGCGCUGCAAUAUGCUUGCGCAAAAUCAUGGAUUGCCUGUGGUCUGAAAGUUAAGUGUGUUAUUGGCCACUCAUUUGGUCAACUUGCCGCUUUAACUGUCUCCGGUGUUCUGUCACUUGUCGACGGUCUCAAGUUGGUAUAUGGUCGAGCAGUGCUCAUGCGCGACAGUUGGGCUUCUGAGAGAGGCUCUAUGCUUGCCCUCGAAGCUGACCGCGCGAGUACUAUGAAGAUUAUCGCACAGAUACGGACAACCGAAUCAUCUUUCAUUUCUGGUAUUGAGGUGGCGUGCUUUAAUGGACCGUCAAGUCAUGUCCUCGUUGGCUCUUCUGCUGAAAUCAACACUGCUCUGCAAGCUACGAAGAUGAUCAAUGUCAAGGCCAAAGUCCUCGAUGUGACGCAUGGCUUUCAUUCGCGGUUCUGCGAUCCCAUUCUCCCAGAGCUGGAGAGACUCGCGAAGGGCCUUACGUUUAACAAGCCCAAGAUUCCCCUCGAGACCUGCUCCAAUGGGGAGCCCUGGAGCCAGGUCACUGCCAAGCUAAUCGCUGAGCAUACUCGAACCCCUGUAUACUUUGAGGAUGCAGUCAAGCGAAUUGAGAGGCGGCUCGGCGCAUGCACAUGGUUAGAAGCUGGAUCCAACACUCCUGUAACAGGUAUGGUGCGCCGAGCUCUCGCCGAUCUCAAAGAUCAUUCAUUCUUCCCAAUCACCCUGUCUCGAGAUGACGCCAUGGGCGCAUUGGUAGACAUAACUGUAGGACUGUGGAAAAACGGCGAACAUGUUCAAUAUUGGCCAUUCCACCACAUCCAACGUCAAAAAUACCAGCAUCUAAACUUGCCGCCUUACCAAUUUGAGAAGAACGAACACUGGCUCGAAUUUGACCUACAGGCAGGAAAUGGCACUGAGUCAACUGCGGUGAUGUCCAAAAUUUCUGGAUCGGUCGUAGCCGAGCCGGAGCCGGAGCCGGUCCUAGUUACGUUCGCAGGGUUUGAAGUCAUUGGCAACAGCCAGAAGCAUGCCACCUUUACCAUUGACCCCCGUUCUAAGGAAUGGAGGGUACUUGUUGCCGGUCAUUCCGUAUUACACGAGUCUCUAUGUCCCGCGCCACUGUACCUUGAGCUAGUUCUUCGGGCAGCUAAGCACCUGGCAAACAUCAACAAAACGACAUCUGCUCCGUUCGCCCGCGUGGAAGAACUGGAGAUGGCUUCUCCUCUGGGUAUGAGUCAGGACAAGAUCGUCCAGCUUGUGUUCAAGUCAUCAGAUACUACUGGUCGGAAAUUCAAUUUCUCAUUCUGUUCACAGGACCGUGCUGGAAAGCCAACCCCUCUGCAGACACACGCUACCGGCAAAUGUGAGAUUACUCCAAACGAUGAUACAACUGUUAUUGCGGAGUUCGAAAGGACCAGCAAUCUACUACAGCAUAUGCACAAGGACCGGAGACAAGAUCAUGUCCAGAGAUAUGCAGAAAUGGCCUCGCAGCCGGACAGUGAGGCAGUCUACGGCUCAGUCGUCUAUAAGAUCUUCUCAAGGGUAGUCCAAUACCAUGACUUCUACCAAGGCGUUCGAAGGCUGGCAAGUACAAGCGAUGGCUUUGUCGCUGCCGAGGUGUCCCUACCGGAGACUCAGCCGGGCUUCUCAAAAGAUCUUCUAUCUUUCCCUGUAGCCAUGGACAAUUUCUUCCAGGUUCCUGGAUUGUUUGCUAACUGCCUGGCACCGUGCCCGUCGGAUGAGGUAUUUGUCUCUACCCAUGUCGACCGCAUCCAGUUGUCGCCCGAACUGAGGGGGGGCACCCCUGCUUGGGACGUUUUUGCCAUAUCUACCCCCAUUAGCGAAAAGGAAAGCUCUAAUGAUAUAUUCGUCACGGACAAGGGUACCAACAAACUUGUCUUUAUCGUCUUUGGAGCAAAGUUCAGCAGGGUGAAGACGGCAACGCUUGCCAAGAUUCUGUCUCGCGCCAACCCCAAUGAGACUUCCGCGUCUGUAAGACAUGAAUCAACUCAAAGCGGCCUUUAUGACACUGGUAAAGCUCCCUUGGUCUCAUCUGUAUUGAGGACUCCGUCUUCGAUGUCCAGUCAGCCUAUACCGGCCCUGCAGCCGCCAUCAAGGCAAACUGGACUCCAAAGCGAGGCAAUGACGGCCAAAAGAGUUCCAUCGCCACCACAAACGGUCAUUCAAAUGAGAUCUCAGUUGCCAAGUGUUGAGAAGCAGCUUCGACAAAUGCUCAGCGAAAUAACCGAUGUACCUGAGGAUCAGUUCCAGACGACGGUUACCCUGGACCAACUCGGCAUCGACUCCCUGAUGACCACGGAAAUUGUAUCAGAGGUUCAGGAGGCCUUUAACAUACCAAUUGAUCCGGCUCAAAUUUUCGAUCUGCAGACUUUCGGAUCGUUGUGCUCAUAUCUCGACGCGCAUGAGAGCAGACAAGGGUCCGUCGAUCUAGUGGAUCAGUCGCCUCAGGCCAAGCUUGCACCUCCUCUCCCAUCUACGCUGGCCAUCUCGUCAGUAAAAGAGCAAGAUGAUAUCCGCGAGGUUGUAAUUGAGCGAACCGCAUCAGUGGCUGAAAGUUCAGGGGUGCCGGACUAUGAAGAGCUGGUCGCGCAACUGGCCAGUUUGCUCGGCACUCAUCUCGAAUGUCCACCUACAGACUUCACACGCUCAACGAACCUUAUGGAUCGCGGCCUAGAUUCCCUUCUCAGUAUGGAGCUUAUGAGUGAUAUCGAAGAAAUCUUUGGUGUUUCGAUUGAUCCGUCACUUUUAUUGAGCGAGGGCAGCUUCGGACAUCUCGCAGACAUUCUCAUCAGCGCCGUCACUUCUUUACGCCUUGCAAGAAGGACGGUUUCGAGCACGGUCACUUCCACACCGGCGCAGUCAACUGGGAUGACAACACCGGGCACCAUAACUGACAAUAGUGUCGAUGGCGGCGAUAUCUUCACUGCGACUACCAAGGUGAAGUCUGUUUCGGCAACGACUGUCCUCAAUAGCGCACCCCAGGCAUUUGAAAGUAUCAAGGGGAAUUUUGAGAAGUUUGCAGAGAAAUACGAUUUCAGCGAAUUUUACACCAAAGUCGCCGACAAGCAGGCAGACCUGGUUCUAGCCUACGUGGUCGAAGCCUACGCUGAUUUUGGCAUCGAACUGAACACACUGAGACCAGGAGAGCAGAUCCCACGGAUCCCUGUGGCUCCCAAGCAUGAUCGUAUGAUCAAAGUUUUCAACGAAAUCCUCCGCCGCGGCAAGUUAGCCGACUACGACGGCAAAGGAUACGUCCGCUCAGAUGCAAUCGUACAGAUAAUGCCAUCGAGUGUUCUGUAUAAGGAUAUCCUGGCACGAUUCCCCCAGCAUGCCAAAGAACACACCUUACUAAACCUUUGUGGGUCGGACAUGUCCAAACUCCUCGCUGGUACGAUGGAUCCCCUAGCAUUGCUGUUCGGAAACAAAGCCAACCGGGAGAUCCUGGAAGAUGUCUAUUCCACGGCGCCCAUGUUUGUGAUUCACUCAGAGCUGUUAACGGACUACCUCGAGAAAGCACUGAGUACAUCCUUGCCAGGCGCCGAUGGCAAGUUCCACAUCAUGGAGCUUGGGGCUGGAACUGGUGCCACGACGCGCUGGAUUGUGGACCGACUGGUGCAGUGCGGGAUACCGAUCGAGUAUACUUUCACCGACAUCUCUUCUGCACUCGUCACAAGCGGUAAGCGCAAGUUUGCCCGUUACGACUGCAUGAAGUACGGCACCGUCGAUAUCGAAAAGGAACCGCCGGCCCAAUACCUGGGACAGUUCGACAUUGUGCUCGCGACCAACUGUAUCCAUGCAACCCGCAAUCUCGUCAACUCUAUGGGAAACAUAAGCAAGCUAUUGCGACCCCACGGUUUUGUGUCGCUAGUCGAGCUGACUACUAGGAACUACUGGCUGGACAUGGUCUUUGGCCUCCUUGACGGAUGGUGGCUUUACGAUGAUGGACGACCUUAUGUGCUCGCGACUCCCGAAUUCUGGGAAAAUACAAUGCUACAGGUCGGUUUUCAGCAUGUGUCAUGGACGGGUGGCGAUACACCUGAAUCAGAGGUCGUGAGGGUCAUCUCCGGGUUUAAGCAGCCCGUGCAAGAUCCAUCUUCUUCUCGCAGUGUGCUGCAGGAGAAGACUGGAAAUAUUGAGACGGUUGUCUUUGCACACACAGACAAAGAUCUUCCACUGAGAGCUGAUAUCCACUACCCCUCGCCGCAGAGGGUGGCCAGGCACGAAACUUGGGUCACUGGCUUAGUGAUUCACGGAGGAGGCCAUGUGAUGUUAUCGCGUCAAGAUAUUCGACCGCGUCAAAUACAAGUCCUUCUUGAGAACGGUAUUUUGCCAGUAUCAAUUGACUACAGACUCUGCCCAGAGACCACCAUCCUAGAGGGACCGCUCGUCGAUGUUGCCGAUGCAUAUGCCUGGGCACGGAACUCGCUGCCGUCCUUGAGUUUGACAAAGACUCGAGUCAAUGAGAGACUCGACCGCAGUAGGGCGGUGGUUAUCGGCUGGUCGACCGGUGGUACGCUUGCCAUGUCUCUGGCUUGGACCUCGAUACCACGUGGAAUCUCUCCUCCCACAGCCAUCCUGGUCUUUUACUGUCCGACCAAUUACGAGGAUGAUUUCUGGCUGAAGCCCAAUAUGCCAAAGCACUCUGAGAUGUUUGGCGGCAAAUCAUACAACGUCAUUGACGGAGUUUACAAUGCUCCCAUCACGGCAUACAACGUACCUUCCAAGAUGAAGGCAGCAGCAGGGUGGAUGGCACCUAAAGACCCUCGCAGCCGAGUUGUCCUUCACAUGAAUUGGCAUGGACAGACUCUUCCUGUCCUUUUCCGCGGGCUACCAGCAGGGUCGAGCGUGCCACAGCAGGCCGCGUCAGUCUUCAAUCGCCUGCAACAACCACCAAAAGAAGAUGUUAUCCAGGCUAGUCCCUACGCGCAGAUUCUCCAAGGCAACUACAAGUCGCCAACCCACAUCGUGUUUGGCACCAAUGAUGAUCUGAUCCCAUGGGAACAGGCUCAGCGGACGGUUGCCGCGAUGAAAGACGCUGGCAUCGAGUCGGGGCUUACAAUCGCACCCGGGGAGCCUCAUCUGUUCGACUUAUACCGCGAUCCCAAUGGCUGUCGCUGGGGCUAUGUUAUGGAAGGCUACAAUUUUUUGCUUCGAAUUCUGGGGAAGGAAAAUGUUUGA